AUGCAGUCAGAAUCUGGGAUCGUGGCGGAUUUCGAAGUCGGGGAGGAGUUUCACGAAGAACCCAAAACCUAUUACGAACUCAAAAGUCAACCUCUGAAGAGCAGCAGUUCGGCAGAGCAUCCUGGGGCCUCCAAGCCUCCUUUAAGCUCCUCCAGUAUGACAUCACGCAUCUUGCUACGCCAGCAACUCAUGCGUGAGCAGAUGCAGGAGCAGGAGCGCAGGGAACAGCAGCAGAAGCUGCAAGCAGCCCAGUUCAUGCAACAGCGAGUACCCGUGAGCCAGACACCAGCCAUCAACGUCAGCGUGCCCACCACCCUUCCCUCUGCCACCCAGGUGCCGAUGGAAGUCCUCAAGGUGCAGACCCACCUGGAAAACCCCACCAAGUACCACAUACAGCAAGCCCAGAGGCACCAGGUAAAGCAGUACCUUUCUACCACGUUAGCAAAUAAACAUGCCAGCCAAGUCCUGAGCUCACCAUGUCCAAACCAGCCUGGCGACCACGCCAUGCCACCAGUGCCGGGGAGCAGCGCACCCAACAGCCCCAUGGCUAUGCUCACUCUUAACUCCAACUGUGAAAAAGAGGCGUUUUAUAAGUUUGAAGAGCAGAGCAGGGCAGAGAGUGAGUGCCCAGGUAUGAACACGCACUCUCGAGCGUCGUGCAUGCAGAUGGAUGAUGUAAUCGAUGAUAUCAUCAGCCUGGAAUCAAGUUAUAAUGAAGAAAUCUUGGGCUUGAUGGAUCCAGCCUUGCAAAUGGCAAAUACGUUACCUGUUUCCGGAAAUUUGAUCGACCUAUACAGCAACCAGGGCCUGCCACCCCCGGGCCUCACCAUCAGCAACUCUUGCCCAGCCAACCUUCCUAACAUAAAAAGGGAGCUCACAGAGUCUGAAGCAAGAGCAUUGGCCAAAGAGAGGCAAAAAAAGGACAAUCACAACUUGAUUGAACGAAGAAGAAGAUUUAACAUAAAUGACCGCAUUAAAGAACUAGGUACUUUGAUUCCCAAGUCAAAUGAUCCGGACAUGCGGUGGAACAAGGGAACCAUUCUAAAGGCCUCCGUGGACUACAUCCGAAAGUUGCAGCGAGAGCAGCAACGUGCCAAGGACCUUGAGAACCGGCAGAAGAAGCUGGAACACGCUAACCGGCAUCUGCUGCUCCGAGUCCAGGAGCUUGAGAUGCAGGCUAGAGCGCACGGACUUUCCCUUAUCCCAUCUACCGGUCUCUGCUCACCUGAUCUGGUGAACCGGAUCAUCAAGCAAGAACCGGUUCUUGAGAACUGCAGCCAGGAACUUGUGCAGCACCAGACAGACCUGACAUGUACAAUGACCCUGGAUCUCACGGACGGUACCAUCACGUUCACCAAUAACCUCGGCACCGUGCCUGAGAGCAGCCCGGCCUAUAGCAUCCCCAGGAAGAUGGGCUCCAACUUGGAAGACAUCCUGAUGGACGAUGCCCUCUCGCCUGUUGGUGUCACUGACCCGCUGCUGUCAUCAGUGUCCCCAGGAGCUUCUAAAACAAGUAGCCGGAGGAGCAGUAUGAGCGCAGAAGAAACAGAGCAUGCGUGUUAGCGAGCCCUCCUUGCUCUGCCCCUGCACAAACUGCUUCCUCUUUUCUUCAGUAGACUUCAUAAUUUACCUGAAGACGUUUUCUUGAUAAUUUUCCUUUAAUAUGAAUUUUUCGUGCUUUAUCAGUAGCCCAGGAUAUAUUUUAUUUUUAGAAUUUUGUGAGCCAGACUUGUAUAUUCUAUUUUACAACUACAAAGGCCUCCAAAGUAUUGUACCAUCAGCGUGCAGUAUCUGUGAACUGAUUUCUCGAAGUGUGAGCUUUCUGAGCAAGGGGACAUUUGCUUCAGAGAAGUGUCUGUCCAUUUUCAUUCAGGGGAAAACUAAGCUUGCUGUGAGCUUUGUCUGUCUGUGACCUCCUUGGAAAUUAACAUACAAAGUGUAAUUACACGAAUGUAAAGCAACCAAAAGAAGAGAACGAAGAUGAUGGAUGACGAAGAGAAGAGAAGAGUGGAAAAGACAUCCAAGCCUUUCCCACGUUUAUGAAUACAUUGAUUCCCUGGUCCCGCCUUAAAGACACAGGGCCCUCCCAGCAUCAGUUAGUCUUUGUACUGAAAACUACUUAAAAGAAGAAUACAUCACAUAAAGACAAAUAUAUCAGUAAAUUUUCAUGAGGAUUGUCUGGUUAGAAAAUGUGACUUAUGCUAAACCAAAACUGAAGGGAGUUAUUAGACCGAGGCAUGAAACAUAGGAUCUGACCUUUCUGGCUUUUAUUGGGCACAGUUACAGUUUUCCUCAUAAUAAGUAUGAUUCAAUUUUUCAUAAGAUGUGUUUUAUUUUGAAGCAGAAAUGAAUGUCUUCUCUGGGUAAAAUAUUGAGGAGCAUGGGAAGUUUGCUUCCUUUUUUUGGUUUUUUUUGUUUUUUGUUUUUUGUUUUUUUUACAUUUUUGCUUUUGAUAAAGACAACCGAACUGGGCGCAUUUCUA